ACGCAGCGGCUGCAGCUCGUUUCUCUUCUCAACUUCCGCCUGUGGAUUUAAACUUCCGCCGGAAGUCUGCUCGUUCUCUUUUACCAGGCCGAUCCAACAUGGGACGAGUCAGGACCAAGACGGUGAAGAAGGCCGCCCGGGUCAUCAUCGAGAAGUACUACACCCGGCUGGGCAGCGACUUCCACACCAACAAGAGGGUGUGCGAGGAGAUCGCCAUCAUCCCCAGCAAGAAGCUGCGCAACAAGAUCGCCGGGUAUGUGACACAUCUGAUGAAGAGGAUCCAGAGGGGUCCAGUCAGAGGAAUCUCCAUCAAGCUGCAGGAGGAGGAGCGAGAGAGGAGGGACAACUACGUGCCAGAGGUGUCGGCUCUGGACCAGGAGCUCAUUGAAGUGGAUCCCGACACAAAGGAGAUGCUGAAGCUGCUGGACUUCGGCGGUCUGUCCAACCUGCAGGUGACCCAGCCCACCGUCGGCAUGAACUUCAAGCAGCCUCGAGGAGUCUAGAAGCAUCUUCUAAUAAAACCUCUGGGACAAAC